AAUAGACGAAGAUGCGUCCACGACACGAUAAAGACGUAACAGAAGAAGAACACCCGAAGCUGUUUCACAUGACUUAAGUUGAGAAUGUAAACAGAAACUAAAAUAUGUAGCCUGACUGAAACAAGAUAAGAUGUCAAACACAAAAUGGAGGACAGACUUUGCGGAAAUUCGGACUGGAUGUCACAAUUACCCGAUGAGCUGCUUGACGUGUCGCUGUGGAAUUUGGCCAUCCCUGGGAGCCACGACAGCAUGUCAUUCUGUCUCGACAUGUCCUCCCCUGUCGUGGAAUCAGAGUCGUGGCUCCUCAACGUGAUGGACAAACUUGCUCCUUGCCUGAUACGGCCCUGCGUGUUCCGCUGGGCCACCACGCAGCAAGCUGACCUCUGUCGUCAGUGUGACCUCGGAAUACGCUUCUUGGACCUGCGGAUUGCCAGGAAGCCAAAAGAGUGCAGCAAAUUAUUCUUUGCCCACGGUAUCUAUACAAGGAAGACUGUCAAGGAGGCUCUGGAUGAGCUGGCCACCUGGCUGGAUGCACAUCCUAAAGAGGUCGUGAUCGUUUGCUGUUCACAUUUCAGUUGCCUGACCCCGAGUGACCACACAGAACUUGUAGAGUACAUCAUAUCACGUUUCGGACCAAAGCUCUGCUCCCCACAGGAUCGUCCCACCUUGCGGUCCUGUUGGUCCAAAUGUCAACAGGUGAUCAUUUCCUAUGACAACCAGGAAGUGCUCCAGCGUCAUCCCGAGCUGUGGACCGAAAUACCUUACUGGUAUGCUGACAGCACUGAUCCAAAAAAGGUGAUUUCCUACUUGGAGGCUCAGAAGCAAAAAGGAAGACCAGCUGGUUUUUACGUCAGUGGCCUGAACCUGACUGAAAACAUUGCGUUUGUCCUCCUCCAUCCCUUCCAAAACAUGAGGAGCAUCACCACCAAGGCCUUGACUGCGCUCUUCAACUGGGUGGGAGAACAACGGCCGGGGCCCGAGGCGGAGGGCGUCAAUAUCAUCUGCUGCGACUUUGUUGCCGUUGCUCGGUUUUGCGAUCGUGUCAUUGGCCUCAACUACAAAGGGCGGUGCUGACAGAGACAAAAAAAAGACUGCAAGACAAUCAGCACUUGUCAGUGUGAUCACCGUACACGUACUCAAGUUUGAAUGCGCAGCCCAUACAAGGAGAAGGAGGCUUUUAACUGCUGCAAGGUGACGUGUGUGUGUUAUCAAGCAAGCUGUUAGUUGAUGCCCGAGCUGAGAUCUGUAUUUUACUUUUUA